AUGAGUGAAUUUCCUCCGCCUAUUGAUCCGUCUUACGUACCGUCCGUCUCUCUGACGAGAGUUCAUGCGACGACGUCAAUUGAAGACCUAAUCGCCGUGCUAGAACGAGAUGGUGCCCUUAUCCUGACUGACGUUGUUUCAAGUCAAGAUAUAUCUGCGAUCAACGACGAACUUGAGCCUUACAUUCAGAAGGCUCAGGCUGAAACUCACGCUGCCUAUGAUUUGAUUCCGAGACAAACGGUGAUGGUUCCCGGUGUUGUAGGCAAAUCACCGACAAUGGCCAGGAUUGCCGAACUCGAAGUCAUUGACAAACUGCGGACCUCAAUCUUGCAGAAAAAGUGCACUGCAACCUGGGAAGACCGGAUAGAAGAGUUCACCAUUGGCCCUCUUUUGAACAGCAGUUUGACAUAUCAUAUCAGCUACGGUGGCCCACGUCAGAGAUUGCAUAGAGAUGAUAUGAUCCAUGGGAUAUACCAUAGCGCCGAGUACGACUUGGCAGACGAAACGAUGCUUGGAUUCAUGAUUGCUGGGUCUAAAACUACCCGCGAGAAUGGAGCGACGAUGGCUAUUCCUGGUUCUCACAAAUGGGAUCAUGCUCGGGCUCCUAGAACUGAUGAAGUUUGCUUUGCAGAAAUGGAACCAGGUUCCGCAUUCGUCUUUCUCGGCACGGUCUAUCAUGGCGCUGGUAAUAACUCUGUUCCUGGCCAAGUGCGUAAGCUCUUUGGUUUGUUCUUCAUCCAAGGUACAUUACGUCCAGAGGAGAAUCAGUUUUUGGCAAUUCCACGAAGUAAAGUACUCGGAAUGAGCGAAAAGAUGCUCUCCAUUCUUGGUUACAAGAAACCAGAUACGUGGCUUGGUAUUGUGAAUAACGGCGAUCCGGCAGAGAACCUCGAGGAAGUUCUUCAUACAGCUAACUGUUAA